AUUUGUUUCUGAGCUCGACUUCCUCGAUUUAGCGUGUUUUUCACAGAACAGGCCCCUUUGUCACCCGGGUACUCACUCCCUGUCCCGGGGACCAAUCACUGCCAGGACGAUGGGACUGUGGCAGCCGGUAAUUGUUUACCGGCUGCAAAUCUGAGAAAGAAAGUCGUGGCAGCAAGGUGCAGGCGUCUCUGGGGAAGAAUGCAACGCUGUGCCCGCCAUUCACAAUUGGGGGCCGUGGUUGCAAUCAAUGGGGAGCGUGCAUCGUUACAGAGCACCUCAUUGCUCCACAGGACCCUCGAAAGCAGUCUCCCAAGCGGGCCCUGGUGGAAAGCUUUUCCAGCGAACACCCCAACUUUACAAAGGAAGCCUGUGGAGAUCAAGCAAUUGUGAUUGGAAGCAAGGAAUAGUCAACAAUUUUGGCAGCCAUCAGACAGUCCGAGAGCUUCGACAGAAUGUUGACGUCACAAGAAAGCGAAGGUGGUGCAUUCAGACUGGCCAAGCACGUUCUGCGAUGGCGUACUCAGACCUGGGGCACACUCAAUUGGCCGUUUCAAAGAUCUGUCUAGGCACAAUGACUUUUGGGGAGGGCAACACUUAUCAGGAGGCCUGUGCGCAGUUGGACAUGGCAAGUGAAGCUGGCGUAAACUUCAUAGACUCUGCUGAAAUGUACCCUGUGCCCCAGAAGGCAGAGACUCAAGGCCGCAGUGAAGAGAUGGUGGGGCAGUGGAUGAAGGAACGGCACAAUCGUGACAAAAUCAUUGUUGCAACAAAGGUAGCAGGGCCGUCCGGACAGAUGACGUGGAUCAGAGGAGGGCCGCACACACUGGACCGUAGAAACAUAAAAGAGGCAAUAGAUGACAGUUUGAGGCGGCUGCAGACGGACUACAUUGACUUGUACCAGAUACACUGGCCUGACAGGUACGUCCCGAUGUUUGGAGACAUCGACUACGACCCUUCCAACGCGUUCACCUCCGUUACGUUUGAAGAGCAGCUGGCCGCCCUCGCAGAAGCCAAGCAAGCAGGCAAGAUCCGGCAUGUUGGCCUGAGCAACGAGACGCCGUACGGCCUGGCCAAGUUCUUAGAGUGCGCACAGGGCGGGAUAGAUGACGGCACAGACUACCCUAGAGUACAGGCAAUCCAGAACGCUUACCACCUCCUCUGUCGGACGUUCGACAGCGGAGUGGCCGAGAUCUGUCAUCAGGAGAAAGUCAGCCUUCUCGCGUACAGCCCCCUAGCGAUGGGUCACUUGACGGGGAAGUACCUGACGGGGGACGGUGGCCCCCCGGGAGCGCGGCUCAACAAAUACCGGUGUCGGUACGCGGAAGCCGAGAGCCGGUACAGCUUCACAAAGCCGAACCUGGUGGCGGCAGUGCGCGCAUAUGCAAAGCUCGCGGAGCAAAGCGGUCUGUCGCUGACCGGCCUGGCGCUCGGAUUUGUAUUGCGCCAUCCGCUGGUUGCGAGCGCUGUGAUUGGAGCCACGUCGCCGGAGCAGCUUCAGGAGUUGCUCACCAUUGCGACGGAGCAGCCUCCCUUAUCUGAAGACGUUAUGUCAGGGAUUGAUAAAAUUCACAGGCGGUACCCCAGUCCCGCACCUUGAGGGGGUUCGACAUUUCUAUUCUGUGGACCGAGGCAGCAUCUUACGGCGUAGGAUACGACCAGGGCCCGGACCCCAAGGUCGGAUGUCGAGUUGCUAUUAUGAGGGCUUGGGCUGGAGACUGCCAGAAUUCACCAUGUUUCGGCGAUAUGAGAGUGCCUUUUUCAGGCAGGUUCAAUGGUGUUCCCUCAGUCCAAUGGAGACUUGUAAUCACCAUUUGGCACCAC